UGUCGUGAUUUCUCUCAAAUUCAGCAUCAACGUGAAAUUAAMCCSGRAYMSGACCCGGUCACAUCCGGUCAGACCCGGGAUACGACCCGGUCACAUCCGGUCAGACCCGGGAUAGUACCCGGGAUGACAGCGUCACACCCCGGCGUGAGAGGCGCAGGACGGAGCCGCGGCACCGCGCAGACCCGGGAGCGAGCAGCAGGCUUCAGACGCUCAGACUGAUCAUGUGGGAGAAAACAUUUCUGCUGCUGCUGCUUCACUCUGUCGACGCUGUCAUUACGUCUCAGUGCUGGCAGGGGGCGACCUUUUCUCACACGGUGGUGUCCCCUGCAGUGGAGAGCAGCGGCAUCCUGCGGAUACCUGGCGUGUCGACGUUGCCGCAGUGCGUGACGGCGUGCUGCGACCUGCCGGGUUACAAUCUCGCCUGGCUGUUCGAGGGCCGCUGCUAUAUCCUGAGCUGCCAGCAGAUGGAGAACUGCCAGCCGCGAGAGAGACCAGGGGCCAACUCGUUCUUGGCCUUCCUGAGGAGGGCGCCACCUCAGACACUAGUGCUUCAGUCUCUGGUGAGAGGGGAGCCGUACGGCAGUCGCUGGAGGCCCCUGUCGCAGUCCUCUGAGGCCCCUGGGGACCUGGAGGCUCUGAAGGACCUGGCUCUCUUUGACGGGCCCCGGCAGGACUUCUCUGACCCUGGGAUGCUGGACGUGGAGUAUUCAGAGGGAAGCCAGGAGGAGAAGGCGGGCGGAAGUUCAGAGGUGGAAAUGUGGACUCAUCAUUCGCCUCUGAUGGGACGAGACGGCUUCAACCAAUCAGAAGCAGAUGACGGUCCAGAGAGGAGGCCGACUGAGAGCAGCACGGCCCAGAUCAGAGCCUCUUCUGUGGGGAACAUCAGCCGAGGAGACGAUGACAGAACCAGGAGGCCGACGGAUCCUCCGGAGAAUCUGACCAUAACACAAGGUGGCACUGUUUCUUCAUCAACCAUUGACUCCACCCAUCAAGACCAUUCAAGGACUACAGCUCCACCCCCGACCACAGCUCAUUGGCCGAGCAGCACAACCACACCGACGGAUCGAUUCCCGACGCCGCCGCUCACAAAACCUGAACACAUGUUGUCUCCAGUUUCACCUGGACCCACAACCGACGUCAUGAUGACGCUCCACUCAGCAGCCGCAGCUCCGCCCACUACGUCCCACCCCCUAGUCAAAACCAUGACCUCUGACCCUCCCACCGUCACCUCACCUCUCAGCCCCGCCCCCCCCACCACGACCACCCCCUCUGCUGCAGCUGCUGAGUCUGUGUCGCAGGACGUCGGGUCAAACCUUGGUCCAGUGGCGGUUGUGGGUCCUGACAGGAAGUUGUUCCUCCCGCUUAGCAGCUUGUUGCUCGAUGGCAGCGGAAGCACCGACGACCGCGGCAUCGUCAGCUACCACUGGGACGCCAUCAGCGGUCCUCCGGGGUUAAGGCUGGAGGAUGUGGACCGGGCGGUAGCUACGGCAACAGGUCUCCGGGUGGGGCGCUACACCUUCCGACUGACUGUCUCUGACCAGCAGGGGGCGAAAGACAGUGCCUCACUGACUGUCAGGGUCGAGGAGGCCGCUCGUCUUCCUCCGGUCGCUCACGCCAGCGGCAGCCACACGUUAACUCUGCCUAACAACUCGCUCAUCCUCCGAGGAUCCAUCACCGAUGGAGACCAGACCAGGGUCCAGUACCUUUGGGUCCGAGACAGCCAGAGUCCUGCUGCUGGGGACGUCCUGUACGGCUCGGAGACUCAAGCCUCUCUGUACCUGGCGAACCUGGUUGAAGGAACCUACCUGUUCCAGCUGAGGGUGACCGAUGCUCAGGGACGCUCCAGCACGGCCACGGCCACGGUGGAGGUCCGACCAGAGCCGGGCGGGGGGGAGGAGGUGGAGCUGGAGAUGCUGGUGUCAGUGUCUCAGGUGAGUUUGUCUCAGAGGGACACGGUCAUCCGUCAGCUCGCCGCUCUGCUGCACGUCCUCGACAGCGACAUCCAGGUCCGAGCGCUGCAGGGACACUCGCACCUCAGCUCGGUGCUCAGGCUCUCGGUGUGGGGCCCCUCGGGGCCCCUCUCUGGCUCCAGGUUAGUGAGUCUGUUGAGGAACCAGCUGCUCAGAGAGAAGAGCGACUACCUGCUGUUCAGAGUCCUGAGAGUCGACACCGUGUUGUGUUUGCUCCACUGUUCGGGGCGUGGUCAGUGUGAUCCGGUCACAAAGGACUGCACAUGUGACCCUUUCUGGACGGAGAAUGUGAUUCGCCGUUACCUUGGAGACGGAGAAAGCAACUGUGUGUCUCUGCUCCUCCUGACAGAGUGGAGGGUUCUGUACGUCAUCCUGACCAGUUUCCUGCUCAUGGUCGUCAUCCUGUCCGUCAGCUGGACCUUCAUCUGCUGCUGCAAGAGAAGGAGACAAACCAAAGUGAGGAAGAAAACCAAAUACACCAUCCUGGACAACAUGGACGAGCAGGAGAGGGUGGAGCUCAGACCCAAAUUCAGUAUCAAACACCGGAGCACAGAGCACAACUCCAGCCUGAUGAUGUCAGAGUCGGAGCUGGACAGCGACCAGGACACCAUCUUCAGCCGGGACCGACCCGUCCGCAGCAAGAUCCAGCUCAGCGCUCAGGCUAGUCGCAACGGAAACGCCUUUGGAUGACGGGAUUACCGACCUCCAUGUGACACAGACAGGACCCUUCCAGGAUGUUUGCACUCUGGCGGCCCCAAGUGGUGAGGAGAGAUAAGUCUUCUUAAAGUUUGAUGAGCUCAAUCCUCGUUAGUGAGAUCAGUAAUGAACGUCAGGGUCAGACAAACCUGCCACUUCCUAAACAAAAAGGAUUUCAAGGCCUUCCGACAACUGUCAUCAUUUAUCACAUUAGCUAACAGGCUAAUCGAAGCUAGCGUGAGCUUCAUUUAUUGUUUUAUCUCAAUAAUAAUUGUUAAACAAUUAGCAUCCGACACAUCCAUCCAGAGUUUAAUGACCAGAGGACCUCCGCUCGACUAAGACAAAAAAUAUCAUCAUCCAAAAGAAGUCUGCAUUAUUAUUAGCCUAGCUUAGCACUUUGACUGGGGGAACUGAAAUUCUUAUGAAAACAUUUCCAGUAUUAAACUGAUGACGUCACCUAAACAAAGAAAAAAAGACAAGUUCAUUUAUUUCACUGUCUUCAUAAAAGUCGUCCUCCAUGUUAAACCUAGCUUAGCACAAAGACGUUAACCAAAGGGCAACAGUCAAAAAGCAAGAAUUUCUAA